AUGCCCCUCCGCCGCCGAAACGAACCCGCACCCACCUCCUCAUCUUCCACAUCAACAACAGCCUCCUCUACAAUCCCCCAACCACCACCGUACCAGCCCCCGACGAUCUCCAACCCUAAAGCCGACCAACUGACCCUCCACGCGACCUCACACGCCGCCCUCCUCAGCCUCCUGACCAGCCAACCCCUCCGGAACCUGAAGACGCACCUCCAGCAUGCGCAGGAAAAAUUGACCGAGGCGGCCGGGGAUAUCAACGAACGGUUGACGGAUGCAGAGGAGCGGGUGCGGCGGAAGAAGGAGCGAAAUGCUGAGGGAGGGGAUGAUGAUAAUGAUGAGGAGGAGGUAGCCGCGCUCAAAGAAAAGGUGGAAGCGACAACUGCCAAGUUGGAUCAGAAGAUGCGGGGUGCGAUUGAUGCGGAGGUGAAACUGGAGGGGCUGAGUGAGUUGCUACGGGGUUUGGAUGGCAAUGUGAAUGUGGUGGAUGGCGCGGUGGCUACUAGGAGUCGAUCGACAAGAAGUAGUCGGCGGAGUAGGAGGGAUGAAGAUGGGGAUGAGGAGAUGGAGGAUGCUGGUGCUCGUGACGAUGACGAGGAGGAGGGGGAGGGAGGUGAUGACGAUGAAGAGAUUGCCGGACCGACGUUGGUGGGCAAGAUAGAGGAGAGUGUCACCGCGACGAAGGACAAGUGGAGUGGGUUGUCGCUUACCCAGAAAUACUCCACCAACAACGCUUACAUCGGAUUCUAUCGCAUCAUUCACGAAGCCAAACACCCGGGUGAUGAUAUCCCCCCACUCCCGCAUGCCUCGACCUGGUUCGCCCACCUCGAAGAAGGGGCCGACAAGAAACCCACAACUUCGGCUACCAGCAGCAGAGGCGUGGCGACAAGCGCAGUAUCGGGAGUGUCGGCUACCAUGGGGGCAUCCUCCUCUCGCCACGCCAAAAAUCCUUCCGCUGAAGAAGGCGAUGACGAAGAUGCUUCAGACGAAGACAUCGCUAUUUCCCGUGAACGCAUUUCUCUCAAGUGCCCCCUUACUCUCCUCCCCUUCCAGGAUCCGGUCACCAGCACCAAAUGUCCGCACAGCUUCGAGCGCGAGGCCAUUACCGCAAUGAUUGCGCAGAGCCGCACCACCGCCCCGGACCCGAGGCACGCUUCAUCCAGUGGGCACACGGGCCGACGUGCGCGUCGCGUGCACUGUGUCAAGUGUCCGGUGUGUGAGGUGGUUUUGACCGAGUUUGAUCUACGAAGUGAUCCCGUUCUUCUGCGCAGGUUGAAGAGAGCUGAGGCUGCUCAAAGGCGGGAGCAGGAAGAACUGGAGGAGGAAGAGUAUGAUCAAGGAGGUGUGGGUGGGCGGAGGAAGAGAAGUAGGAAAAAUGGGAUCACGGUGGCUAGUGAUGAUGAUGAUGAUGGCGACACAGCUACCUCACGAAGAGUGGCGUCUCAGCAAGACCAGAUCAGAAUCAAACAGGAACGCGGUGUCUCCGUCGCUGCUGUUGUGGACCUGGAGGCGGAUGAAAACGUGGAAAAUGAAGAUGAGGAAGACGAAGAAUUUGAGGACGAAGGAAAUGGGCACGCAGGAGAUGAUGAUGGGGAGGAGGACGAGGAUCAGGACCAGGAGGUAAGGGCAGGGGAGAACGACGAAAACGACGAAAAUGAAAAUGCAAUUCAAGUGGCUGAUGACAUAUCACAAGGCGAGGUAAAUGAAGAUCAAGAGCUGGAAGAGCAAAGCGAAGAGGGGGGUGCUGAUGAGGGAAGUCAGGAGGUAAGAGACGAAGAAGGCCACGAAGGAGCAGAGUUUGAAGAGACAAUGCAGGUGGCUGAUGAAAUAUUUCAAGAUGAGGUAGUUGAAUUUCAGGAGCAGGAAAGCAAAGAGGAUGAGAUGGAGGUUGAGGAAGAAGGACAGGAGGUAAGAGAGGGAGAUGAAGAAGUCGAAGAAUCGGUGCAGAAUGCUGAUAACACAAUUCAGCAUGAGACAAAUGAGACUCAAGGGCAUGAGGGGCAAGUGGAUGAAGAAGAUGAGGAGGAGCCAGGGCAAGAGGAAAAGGAAUCACAGGAAACACAUGGAGAAGAAAGGCAGGAAGAUGCGGAAAAUGUGGAUCAGGCAAUGCAAUAUGUCGAAGCUGAAUCAGCUGAACAACAAGAAUAUCAGGUUGUCCAUCAAGAAGAGAAAAAAAUAGAAAUCCAUGAUAUUGACACUGCGGUUAAACAAGAUGACCAGAGUGUUCAUGCUCAACCACUUGAACAAGAAGAUGAGGAAGAUGUCCUCAAAGAAGAAGGCGAACCGCAUCAACAUGUCAACACCAGAGCUAUCGAACAAGAAGUUCUGCAAGAAGAAGUUAUGAAGGAGGAGAGUGAGGACAAUGCUGUCGAACGAUCGGAGAACGAAGACCAGGUACAUGAUGGGGGAGAAGAAGAUGAGAGUGAGCUCGCGGACGCUGAAUCAGAUGACCAGAAUGACCAGGGAACGAUAGAAUAUGGGGAUAAAAGGCAGUGCGUUGACACUGGUUCAGUUAGGCCGAAGAACGCGGGCGUCGAAGAGGAGAAAGAGAGUCAAGAAGCUGCGGAUGAACCAACUAGACAAGAACAAGAUGAGGAGGAGGACGGUAGCAGGAGCGAGACGAAACAAGGCGUUGGCGAUGCUCUGGUCAAGCCAAAUGUCCAGGCAGAUGCAGAGCAGGAAGAUGAGGCACUUGCUGAUGCUCAACCUCAACUUGUUGAAGAGCAAAUCCAGGAAAAUAUCAAUGAGGAAGCGGAGGCCAUUGAAGAAGACGAGGAAGUGGUGCAGACAAAAGAGAAAAAUGUCCAGAACGAAGAGCAAGAAAACAAUGGAAGUCGUCAACUGUAUGCUGAUUUUAUUGAGCAUAAAGCUCAGGAUCAAGAUGUGAAUCAGCAACUCGCGCAUGGACAAAUUGAUCAAACAAGCAUAAGAGAGACAAACAAGGAAGAAGACCAUGAAUCCGAAAGCAGGGAUGUGGUGGAUGAGAAGAGAGAGGACCAGGAACAGAGUCAACAUGCUGAGGCUGAGUCAGACAAGCAAGAAGACCAGGGUGGUUCAGAGAAAGUGGAGGGAGAUGAUGGUCUGCACGUCGGUGCUGAGUCAGUAGAGCGAGCUGAGCAAGAAAACGAAGAGCAGAAUCAAGAUCAAGAUGUUGUUGAGGAGGAACCUGUCGCGCCAGGAGAUCAGGAUGAUUUGGAAGAAGAUGGAAAUGAGCUCACCGCAGAUGGUGCAGUGCUUGACGAUGCAGAGCAAGGAGGCGGAGAUGAAGAUGUCAAUCCCAAUAUCGUUGAAGAUGAUAUCGCUAAGCCUCAAGACCUAGAAGAUGAGAACAUGAGAGAAGAAGAAGAAGAAGAAGAAGAAGAAAAAGAAUCAAUCAGCUUCGUCAAUGCUGGGCCGAUGGCCGAUGAGGUUGUAGUCCAGGCGGAACGGGAAGGAGCAAACGAGGGAGAAGAAGGAGGCAAGCACAUGGGUAAUGAAAACUUGGAUAACAAAGCAGAGGAAGAGGAGAUGAACACCUUGCCAAAGACCGGCGGAGAAGAGGUUGCCAACAAUGAUGAUCUAUUCAAAGAAGGAGAUCAAGAACAGGUGCAAUCGGUGCUUUCAAAGGAAGCAGAGGGGUAUAUGGAUGUUGAAGUGGAGGAAGAUGGCCCAGAAUACCGGAAAAUUGAUCCAGAUUACGUGUAUGAAAGAUUGGAAGGAGAAGACACAGAUGAUCCAGACGAGGGAAGGGAAGGAGAAGAACUAGGAUACGCGGACCCGGACGUAGACGCAGACGACUCAGACGAGGAAAGGGAAGGAGAAGAAGCAGGAUAUGCGGACCAGGACCUGGACCAGGACCUGGACGCAGAAGACUCAGAAAAUAUAGACUACGAGGCGCUCGGAUACGAAGACGAAGACGAAGAGCAAGACUCUAUCCCAGACGAUGAGAUAGAUUUUAAGGUCGACUACUAA